AUGCUGACAUCAUUCUGUGGUAUCUAUUUUUCAGAUAUUAAUGACUGCUUGACUAAUCCAUGCCAUGCUAAUGCUGUAUGUCAAAAUACCCCCGGAAGCUUUACAUGUGCAUGUACAGUGGGUUAUUCCGGAAAUGGUUUCAAUUGUGUUGGUAAGUUUGAAUAGUCCACCCUGACAUUCUAACAUGCCAGGCUCUGCUCAUAGUGUAAAUUUGUCUUAACUAUCUGUGAGAUAAAGCGAUUUAAGGCGAGUUUAGGCGAUUUGCAGAUAACUUAAUUAGGUGAUUUAAAACUUCCACCAACGUCGUUACGAUUUAAGGCGACUUAAGAUAUUUAAGGAUUUCUAGAUCUAAAGCUAAUUGGUUGUUGUUCUUGCCAAAUUUAUUGUCGUACAUAUACAUUGAUAGAAAAAGGAUUUAUUAAAAACAUUGAACCAUUUGGUGAUGUUAAAGAAAACAUUUUUUCAUUGAAAUGUAUUUUGAUGUAACGAAUGUAGGCAGGUACGGACGCGAGAUUUUGUGGUCUGUAACACUGGUUAAUAUUAUUCUGAAACUGCAGAGUACAACGAAAAAAUCGUUGCCUUGCGCAGGAUUCGCACCUUCGUUUUUCGAGACCGCCGAAGAUGCAAGAACAGACAAAACAGAAAGGUUCCCUAAAACAUUUUGUUGCCCUCAUUAACUGUGUCAUUAUUCUGACUUAUUGUGUUUGUUUUUAUUCUCAGAUAUCAAUGAAUGUAACGGUGAUCCAUGCCAUGCUAAUGCUCAAUGUACAAAUACUGUUGGAUCUUUCCUAUGCCAGUGCAAUUCGGGUUAUUCGGGCUCAGGAUUUUUAUGUACUGGUAAUUUUGUUACUUUUUUAUGAUGCACACUUAUUUGGUUUUACCUGAGUUACGACAGUUGCCAAUUAUUUUGCCAAAUCCAAAUUCUACACCUUGCCAGAUCCAACAGAUAUUUUUCAUUGCUUUGAGAGCCUACGCAACCUUAACUUACAAACAUUUUCUGACCAUCGUAGAAUCUUUGCCAUCAGCUUAAACCAAUAACAAAACACGUUGUAUAAGAAUAAUGGACGCAACCUUAUUAACCUUCGGUGUAGUGUCAAAUCUAUAUGAACCAAUGUAUAUGUUUAUAUUUUCAGACAUUGACGAAUGUGCUAAUCCAGUAUUGAAUAAUUGCCAUCAAAACGCUAACUGUUUGAACAUCCCAGGAUCAUAUCAGUGUCAAUGUAACGUUGGAUAUACAGGAAAUGGAGUCCAGUGUGCAGGUAAGUACAGGGGCGUUUCUCAUGCGUAUCCACAGGGAAGAGGUGAAACCUCUAUAGAAUUUUAAUGUUAUCUAUAAUAUGACUGGAUGAAUAAAAGAGCAUUUGUUUAGGUAACCAUUUGGAAACAUUCAAACUUUGCGGUCACCUGGAACGCAGUGUUUAUACCCUCGUGAGGUCAGGAAAAACCCCGUCAUGCAUGGAUUACUGCCGAGAUAAGACGCAUCAGCCACUGCUGUUUAUAUUAGUCAUAGCAAGUGGUAGACUUGGUAGUUCCUCAAAGAUGAACUCGGUGUCUCUACAAGGUGAAAGUGUCAGAGUAGGAGAACGAUCUAUUCAGGCGGGGCAGUUUAUAAGGUGUCGAAGAGUAUCUGCAGGUCAUUUGCCCUGUUGCAGUGGCCUCUCCAAUAGUACAGAUGGGUGACUAGUUGAGCUUUAGUUGAUAAUCCUAGUGAUAGUCGAAGACCAUAUAAUUGCAUCCACCAUGAAUUAACAUGUAGAUGACAGGAAAUUAGUUUUAAAGUGCGGACUAGCUUUUUGUCUGCGUAUAUUUAUUUUAGACAUCAACGAAUGUCUUACUGGUACUGCUUGUCACACCAACGCCAAUUGUACAAACACGGAGGGAUCGUUUGAGUGUGUUUGUCGAGAAGGUUAUGUCGGUGAUGGUAUUAACUGCGCAGGUUUGUAUGACUAUGAUAUUUAGGUAUGGCAAGUUUUGUUAUAGGUCUUUCUCUUAAAAUUAUACUAUACAAAAAGUGUAACUGGAUCUUAGUUAUAUGAAAUAUUGCAGUUCUUGAAUGAUUUAUAAUUCAACUUUUCUUCAAUGUAGAUAGGGACGAAUGCAAAGAUAAUCCUUGUCACGUGAACGCCGCAUGCGAAAAUAGAGAUGGAAGUCACAGAUGUUACUGCAAGUCUGGUUUUAGUGGAAAUGGACAGUCCUGCGCUGGUACUGUUACGUAGUAAUAACAAAAAUAACCUAACUGAACAUAAUUAAGAGAACAUAGCAGAACAAGCUAAGUGUUAAACCACCGAUCUGAACAAGACAGAACAGAACACAAUACAACACAACGCAACGCAACGCAACGCAACGCACAACAGUAAGAACCGAAACUAAAAUAGGAGCAAAAGUAUUGCGAAAGCAAGGCUUAAAUUUUGUAUUUUUAAUUUCCUAGAUAUUAACGAAUGUUUGACAAACCCAUGUUACACUGAUGCCUCGUGCACCAAUACAAUCGGCACAUUUUAUUGUACUUGCAACGAUGGCUACAGAGG